AUGGACGCAAGGCGCAGGGAGGCGCUGCGGCGAAUGACCGAGGCUUUGCGGGCCGAUUUAUACGAGGAUUAUAAAAGUAACGAGUGGCAACGUAAUCCGGCUCGAAACUACCAGAUGCUGUAUAAGUACAAUACGGCCAACUGGAUGACUAUGUUGCUGAUUGGUAAGGACCCGAAUGAGUCUGACCUGAAACCAAUCCUCGAGCGGUUGAGGGCUGCAAUGGUGAACUACGAAAAAAAGUACCCGAGCGGCGAUCCUGGAGCUAUAGACUUCAUACAUAGCAUGUUCGAGAACGUCUACAACUUGUAA